CUCUUUGGUGCAAAAAAAAAAGUUAAGGCAGGCACGGAGCGGGUGAGUGAAAGGAAGAAAAGAGGUUUUGGAGGGGGUUGAAAAAGUUGGCGCCUGGCAGCCUCUUGCCUCGCCCCUGGCAUUAUUAUCACCAUCAUCCUCAUCAUCCUUCCUUCUCCACCCCCACGUUCAUUUUUGGAGGUACCUGAUUUUGCUUUUUUAUUCUGUUUUAACCGUUGGCUUAUACUCCUGCUUGGAACUUAACACGGAGCUGCGGGAUUUCCACGGGAGCCUUUUGGAAUAAGGCAGGGCCAGAAAUCCCUCCACUGGAUUAUGCUGGACAGGGAACGAAAAGUGGAAUGGCAAGGUGGCAUGAUGGGCCUGCAGCCUUUUUCCAGGGAUUCUCCCACAGGAGAGGAGACGGGAGCACUCCAGCCAGAUCAGGAUCUGAUGAGCUUAGAGGAGGUGGCCGUGUCCUUCACGGUGGAGGAGUGGGCGCUGCUGGGCCCAGGCCAGAAGGCCCUCUAUCGGGAAGUCCUGGAGGAGAUCAAGGGCCACCUGGCCUCUCUGGCUGAGGCAGAGAGGCCGUUUUUGAAGGAGAAAGGUUGGCCAGAGAAAUCGAAGGGAAUCUGCCGGAUCCUGGUGCUUAAAAUAGAACAGCCAGUUUCCCAGAAUCCCGAAAAAGGAGACUCUUCCAGAACCAGCAGAAAACCAACACCAGAAAUGAAGAAAUCGGAACAGCAGAGAAUCCGUACAUGCCCUGAGGUCCUGGUGGCUCAUCAGAGUAGUCAUGAUGGAGUCAAGAAGCCCUACAGCUGCCAAGAAUGUGGGCAAAGCUUCACCCAAUGGUCGCUCCUGAGCACCCAUGAAGAAACCCAUGCCCAAGAGAAGCCAUUUGUUUGCCCUGAAUGUGGGCAGCGCUUUUGCAACAGGACCAGGCUUGUUUCUCACCACAAGAUCCACACGGGGGAGAAGCCCCAUCAUUGCACCACAUGUACACGGAGCUUCUUGCUCAAGCAUGACCUGAUCCGACACCUGAGGAUCCACACCGGAGAGAAGCCCCACGAGUGUCCUGAUUGCGGGAAAGGCUUCCGGAGCAUGUCGGCCUUCCACGUGCACAGGCGGAUCCACACGGAGGAGAAGCCUUAUUCGUGUUCGGCCUGCGGAAGGCGCUUCCGCCAUCGCACCAACCUCACCGUGCAUGAGCGGAUCCACACAGGUGAGAGGCCGUACAAGUGCAAGGACUGCGCCAAGUGUUUCAGCGAUGCCUCGUCCCUCAAGAUACACCAGAGGUGUCACACAGGCGAGAAGCCUUAUCUCUGCUCGGAGUGCGGGAGAAGAUUUUCCCAGAAUGCUGGCCUGUUCCAGCACAAGAAGAUCCAUACGGGAGAGAAGCCCUUCCAGUGCGCUCUCUGUCCCAAAAGCUUCCGGGAUAAACGAACCUUUGCCAGGCACCAGGGAACCCACAAAAGGGAGAGGCCGUUUCAUUGCCCGGUGUGUGACAAAGGUUUUGGCUCUCGCUCGAAUCUCGUUAAGCAUGAAAGAACUCAUACUGGGGAUAAACCAUACAAAUGCAUGGAAUGUGAAAAGAGUUUUAGCCACAGCAGUGCCCUCAGUAAACAUAAAAGAUCCCACACAGGGGUGAAACCAUAUAAAUGUAUGGAAUGUGGAAAGACCUUUAGUGAUAGCAAUCAUCUCCAUAGGCAUCAAAGAACUCACACUGGGGAGAAACCCUAUAAAUGCAUCGAAUGUGGAAAGAGUUUCAAUGACAGCAGUCAUCUUACUGUACAUCUAAGAACUCACACAGGAGAGAAACCCUAUAAAUGCAUGGAAUGUGGGAAGUGCUUCAGUCAGAUUGAUCAUCUUCGUACACAUGAAAGAACACAUACUGGGGAGAAACCAUAUAAAUGUACAGAAUGUGGAUUUAGCUGCAGUCAUAAGCGUAUUAUUGAUUCACAUCAAAGAACUCACACAGGGGAGAAACCAUAUCAAUGCCUGCACUGUGGAUUGAGAUUCAGUCAGAGCUGUAACCUCAGUUCGCAUGAAAGAACUCACACAGGGGAGAAACCGUAUAAAUGCAUAGAAUGUGGAAAGAGCUUCAGACAGAGCAGUGCCCUAAGUACACAUCAAAGAAUUCACACAGGGGAGAAACCCUAUAAAUGCAUGGAGUGUGUGAAGAGCUUCAGUCAGAGUGGUCACCUGAGUUGCCAUCAAAGAACUCACACUGGGGAGAAGCCAUACAAAUGCAUGGAAUGUGGAAAGAGCUUCAGACAGAGCAGUGCCCUAAGUACACAUCAAAGAAUUCACACAGGGGAGAAACCCUAUAAAUGCAUGGAGUGUGUGAAGAGCUUCAGUCAGAGUGGUCACCUGAGUUGCCAUCAAAGAACUCACACUGGGGAGAAGCCAUACAAAUGCAUGGAAUGUGGAAAGAGCUUCAGACAGAGCAGUGCCCUAAAUACACAUCAAAGAAUUCAUACAGGGGAGAAACCCUAUAAAUGCAUGGAGUGUGUGAAGAGCUUCAGUCAGAGUGGUCACCUGAGUUGCCAUCAAAGAACUCACACUGGGGAGAAGCCAUACAAAUGCAUGGAAUGUGGAAAGAGCUUCAGCCAAAGCAGUAGCCUCAGUAAACAUCAAAGAAGCCACACAGGGAAGAAACCAUAUAAAUGCACAGAAUGUUGAAAGGACUUCAGUUCAGCUCAAAGAACUCACACACAGGGAUGGGGAACCACAUUAACACACACUUCAUAAAAAUUCACUGAGAGAGAGGAGAAAUCCUAUGUAUCGAAUUGCUUCAUCUGGCUGUACCGGGGUCGUUAUUAAGGCCUACCACGGAUGUUGCUGCUGUUGGAAGGACAAGCCAGAUAAGAGACAGUGGUUGUUUGAAUUUAGUGAUAAAGGUCAGGAUAUAAAAGGACAAGAGGAAACAGAGAAACCCAUAGAGUAUGAGACACACAUACCUUAACCUCAUUAGAA